AUGGUUAAAGACACAGAAUCCCCUCAACAAGCAUCUUCAUCAUCUGAUCAAUUACCGCCUUGUUUAGUUGUUUUGGGUAUGGCUGGUUCUGGAAAGACUACUUUUGUUCAGCGUCUAACCAGCCAUCUUCAUUCAAAAAGAACAUUUCCUUAUUUAAUCAAUCUUGAUCCAGCAGCAGGAACUGUGCCUUUUCCAGCAAAUAUUGAUAUUCGAGACACGGUUGAUUAUAAAGGUGUAAUGAAAGAAUAUGGACUUGGACCAAACGGAGCAAUUUUGACUUGUCUUAAUUUGCUUUGUACUAAAUUUGAUCAGAUUCUUUCUCUACUUGAAAAAAGAGAUUCUUCAAUUCCUUCAAUUAUUUUGGAUACACCUGGACAAAUUGAAGUAUUUACGUGGUCAGUCAGUGGUUCUAUAAUUACUGGAUCUUUGGCUGAUAAAUAUCCAACGAUAAUUGCCUAUGUUGUGGAUAGUGCUCGUUCAACUAAUCCACGUACAUUUAUGUCUAAUAUGCUUUAUGCUUGUUCCAUUCUUUAUAGAACAAAACUUCCAUUUUUUCUUGUUUUGAAUAAAUCUGACGUUGUUAAUCCAGAAUUUGCAGUUGAAUGGAUGGGGGAUUUUGAAAAAUUCUCGGACUCCUUAGAUGACAGCGAAUCUUGUUAUGCCAACGAUUUGACACGUUCACUUAGUAUUGUAUUAGAUUCUUUUUAUCAAAAUUUAAAUUGGGUUGCUGUUUCUUCACAAACUGGACAAGGAUUUGAUAAAGUUUUGGAAAUUAUAGAAAAAUGUAAAAAAGAAUAUAAUAAAGAAUACAAACCUUUUUUUGAAAAAUUAAAUAAAGAUAAAGCUGAAAUGGAAGCUAAAUUUACAGCUGAGAGAUUGGCUAGUUUACAAAUUGGGGAAAUUAAUGGAAAUAAUAAUAAAGAAGGGGAAAAAGAAGAAAUAAUAAAAGAGGAAAAAUAAAAUAUUUUAAAAAAUAUUGGGAAUUUUUUUGUUAUAAUUUUAAAAUAAAAAAAUUUAUUUGAAGUUUCCGUGUGUAAUUGAUUGUGCAACAAUUUACUGGGAACGUCUGAAAAAAAAACAAUUCUGAAACUUUUCCUAAAAACAUUUAAUUGAGUUAAUUCUGCAACGAAA